AUGGUUUUGGGGCAUGUCUCCUCCCUUGCAGAUGCAUCGCUCCCUAAGGGUGGUGGUAGUGGAAUCGGUAACGAUUUUAAUCGUGCAGACUUCAGUAGCUUGCUGCAGCAGCAACAACAGCAGCAGACAUCAUGCCUCAACUUGGCCUCUCUACUGUCCCUGCAAGAGAACGAGUACUUUCAGCUGGCUAGAUCUGACCCCAGCUUCUACACAGCUGCAGCGUUGCAGAAGCAGCAACAACAGAAGCAACCGAACCAGCUAAUGCGCACCGGCGAGGGCGAGGAGACCCAUGGGAUCUCGGGAGGCGCGAUGUUAGGUGGUGCAGGCAAGCACCGGCGAGCCCGGACGGCAUUUACCUACGGCCAACUGGUUGCCUUGGAGAGCAAAUUCAAGACCACUCGCUACCUCUCUGUCUGCGAACGAAUGAAUAUGGCACUUUCUCUCAACCUAACGGAAACUCAGGUAAAAAUAUGGUUCCAAAACCGAAGAACCAAAUGGAAGAAGGAAAAUCCCUCGGAACAGCACCAUCAGACGUCAAUGAACUCCCGAAAACAGCUCAACACGCAGGAACAACCAACACUCUCUGGUGGCCUUGGUAGCAACCAAUCAGACGCGAGUGAAAUGAGCCCACCGACCUCUAGCAUCCCCGAGUCGCCGCCAGCUAGGGAUCAAAGGGAAGACGGAACAAAUGCGGUACUGUUGGCCUAUGUGUUUAAUCAGUUGAGAAACUCCCUUCACAAGGACAAGAACGUUACUGCAGAUGGCAUUCUACAGGCAUUCGCGAACAACGUCACCACCACAAGCAGUCGACCGUCUAAAAGUGGAAAUAAUCAAGUGGGACUGGACACUGGAAGUUAA